GUAUGCCUCAGAGGUCCCUGGUUACUUCUCACUCCUGUUUGGCACCGGAGUAACGCUCAAACAGUCAACCGUGCAGGAAUCUCGCUCCAACAGCAAGCAGCGGAAGAAGUCAUUUGCAUGGUGGCCGUAGUGGAGGGAUGGUCAUAAAGCCGUGUGUUGGUGUGUAGAGACAAACUCGGGAGUGUCGUGGUUGUGUAGAGAGAGAAGGACCGGCCACAAUAACACCGACGUGCGAGUGUCUGGCCGUCAUGUUUACAUCAAUAUUAAUAUUAUGUGUUGGGCUGCUGGCCCUGACCAAUCCGUCAAGCAGCCAGAGUCGGUGGGAUCCGGUGAUGAUUACUAAACCAGAGGCUUUCCUGGGUCAGGUGGGCGCCUCCAUCACCCUCCCCUGCUCCAUCAGGAACGCAGGACGUAAGUCAGUAUUCUGGUUCAAGGGAGAGCCACCGACAGGCAGGGAGCUGAUUAUGCAGGUGAAGCGUAUCCGAGGGAAAUUCGUGGUGCCCCGCCAGUACCAACGGGUCCUGCAGGCGGGCAAGCUGGCCACCCAGGGCACUGAUCUCACCAUCAACGACCUCACCUUCGACGAUGCUGACAGCUACACCUGCAGCGUCGCCUGGGCCAAACAGACCGUCACCCACACGCUGGAGGUCGUCGCAGGAGGAGGACCAGAUGUGGUGUCUCAACCGUCGCCAGAGCUCCAGGUGGUGUAUGACCCGCCCAGCCUCAGGGCCUCCGUGGCUUUAGGUGAUUCCACCAGCCUCAACUGCACCGCCACCGGCUACCCCUCCCCUACCCUCAGCUGGCGCAAGGAGGGUGAAGCACAGAUUCUAAGUGAGAACUCUACCCUCACCCUAACCGAAGUGACUACUGAGGACGCUGGUCGCUACGUGUGUACAGCGUCCAACGGCGGUGUCCUACAGGAUCAAGACGGCUCCUUCGACGUACAAGGAGUGUAAG